AUGGCCAAGCGCAGCUCGCUGUCCAUCCGCAUCGUGGAAGGGAAGAACCUGCCCGCCAAGGACAUCAACGGCAGCAGUGACCCCUACUGCAUCGUGAAGGUGGACAAUGAGCCCAUCAUCAGGACAGCCACCGUGUGGAAAACCCUGUGCCCCUUCUGGGGUGAGGAGUAUCAGGUGCACCUGCCGCCCACCUUCCAUGCGGUGGCCUUCUAUGUCAUGGACGAGGAUGCCCUCAGCCGGGAUGACGUUAUCGGGAAGGUCUGCCUCACCAAGGACGCCCUGGCUGCCCACCCGAAAGGUUUCAGUGGAUGGGCCCACCUGACGGAGGUCGACCCUGACGAGGAGGUGCAGGGCGAGAUCCACCUGCGGCUGGAGCUGGUGCCGGGGGCCCGCGCCGGCCGGCUGCGCUGCUCCGUGCUGGAGGCCAGGGACCUGGCCCCCAAGGACCGGAAUGGCGCGUCUGACCCCUUUGUCCGUGUGCGCUACAAUGGCCGGACACAGGAGACCUCGGUUGUGAAGAAAUCGUGCUACCCACGCUGGAACGAGACAUUCGAGUUCGAGCUGGAGGAGGGGGCGCCAGAGGCGCUGUGCGUGGAGGCCUGGGACUGGGACCUGGUCAGCCGCAAUGACUUCCUGGGCAAGGUGGUGGUCAACGUCCAGAGCCUGCGGGCGGCCCAGCAGGAGGAGGGCUGGUUCCAGCUGCAGCCCGACCUGUCCAAGCGACUGUCCUCUCUCCACAGGGAAGCGGGCAACCUGGGCUCCUUGCAGCUGGAGGUGCGGCUGCGGGACGAGACGGUGCUGCCCUCUAGCUGCUACCAGCCCCUGGUGCAGCUGCUGUGCCGAGAGGUGACGCUGGGCACCCAGGGCCCAGCACAGCUGAUCCCGCUCAUCGAGGAGAUGACCAGCACCGAGUGCCGCCAGGAAGUAGCCACCAACCUGCUCAAGCUCUUCCUGGGGCAGGGCCUCGCCAAAGGCUUUCUGGACCUGCUCUUCCAGCUGGAGCUGAGCCGCACCACUGAGGCCAACACCCUGUUCCGGAGCAACUCUCUGGCCACCAAGUCCAUGGAGUCUUUUCUGAAGGUGGCAGGGAUGCGGUAUCUGCACAGCAUCCUGGGCCCCAUCAUCGACAGGGUAUUUGAGGAGAAGAAGUACGUGGAGCUGGACCCCAGUAAAGUGGAGGUCAAGGAUGUAGGGUGCUCGGGGCUGCACCGCCCACAGACUGAGGCUGAGGUGCUACAGCAGAGCGCACAGACGCUGCGCGCCCACCUGGGGGCGCUGCUGAGCGCGCUCUGUCGCUCCGUCCAAGCCUGCCCCGCCGUGGUCCGCGCCACCUUCCGCCAGCUCUUCCUGCGUGUGCGGGAGCGAUUCCCCAGCGCCCAGCACGAGAACGUGCCAUUCAUCGCUGUCACCAGCUUCCUGUGCCUGCGCUUCGUCUCUCCCGCCAUCAUGGCACCCAAGCUCUUCCACCUGCGGGAGCGGCACGCAGACGCCCGCACCAGCCGCACGCUGCUGCUGCUGGCCAAGGCCAUCCAGAAUGUGGGCAACAUGGACACGCCGGCGUCCAGGGCCAAGGAGGCUUGGAUGGAGCCGCUGCAGCCCACUGUGCGCCAGGGCGUGGCCCAGCUGAAGGACUUCAUCGCCAAGCUGGUGGACAUCGAGGAGAAGGAAGAACUGGACCUGCAGAGGGCGCUAAGUUUGCAGAUGCCGCCGGUGAAGGAGGGGCCGCUCUUCAUCCACAGGACCAAGGGCAAGGGCCCCCUCAUGUCCUCCUCUUUCAAGAAGCUCCACUUCUCCCUCACCACGGAGGCCCUCAGCUUUGCCAAGACACCCAGCUCCAAGAAAAGUGCCCUGAUCAAGCUGGCCAACCUCCGGGCGGCAGAAAAGGUGGAGGAGAAGAGCUUUGGCAGCUCACACGUCAUGCAGGUCAUCUACACGGACGACACAGGCAGGCCUCAGACCGCCUACCUGCAAUGCAAGUGUGUGAAUGAGCUGAACCAGUGGCUGUCUGCCCUGCGGAAGGUGAGCAUCAACAACACCGGCCUGCUGGGCUCCUACCACCCAGGCGUCUUCCGCGGGGACAAGUGGAGCUGCUGCCACCAGAAGGACAGGACAGGUCUGGGCUGUGAUAAGACCCGGUCACGGGUGACCCUGCAGGAAUGGAAUGACCCUCUGGACCAUGACCUGGAGGCCCAACUCAUCUACCGGCACCUGCUGGGCAUGGAGGCUGCACUGCGGGAGAAGCACCAGGAGCUGCGUGCAGGCACAGGGGCAGGCUCCACGCUCACGGGCCCCGGUGAAGCACCAGAGGACGCCCUGGCCCAGCUGCUGCAGGUGCUGCGGGACCUCCAGGAGGCGCACCGCCGCAGCCCCGCCGGCUCCCCACCCCCGGAGCCCAGCUGCCUCCUGGAGCUGCAGACGUGA